GGAUGGGACUCAUUUCAGCAGGAUCAUGUUCUGUGAUUCUCCAACAGUAUAAUAGAAUACUAAGGUGUUACCUUUAUUUGUAACAAGCUAGUCAGCUUGAAGGUCUUACAGGCUUCUGUCAUGCGUCCAUAUGUAGUAAUAAAGGCGUCCCAGAUGAUAUUUAAAGAUAGGCACAUUGACAAUUGACAUUAUUGAAUCAGAAGCUCAGCAUCUGCCGGCAACAAUGAAGACUGUUCUAGCAUUGCUGCUCUUUGGCUGCUUUACUACCUGUACAGUGGAAGCACUGAAAUGCUAUUACUGUGCCGCUAGUUUUAACAACAGCGACUGUAACAAGGUGUCCAUAGCCUGCUCCAUUGGAGACUCAUGCAUGACAGCUGUCAGCGCCACAAGGGGAAAUCCGAUCAUCAUGAAAAUGUGUCACGUCAAAGCUGCAUGUUCUGCUGCUGCUAGCAGUGGCAGUUUGUCUGUAGAGGGUUCUGUGAUCAGCGCUACAGUGAUGUGCUGCAAUACGGACCUGUGCAACACGAGAGAAUUAUAUGACGGCUCCACCACUGCCAGGCUCAAUGUGCUGCUUCUGGGAGCUUCAGCAGCUCUGCUGUUCCUUGUCAGCAAGAUCACAGCGUAAGGGCAGCAGCACACAGCACUACUAUCACAGCAUUGGAAGAGUUUAACAAGUCAUUUUGUAUUUCCCCUGCUUUACAAAAAUUAGUCAUGAUUUUGACAGUGCUUUACAAUACUUUGAUGUACCAUACUUGUCUGGGCUUCCACUGUGCUUGAGUACACUUUAUGCUUUUAGGGUGGUAUACAACCACCCUCAGUUAUUGAUUUUUAAUUGUACUGUACAAUCUUUUUUCUUUUUUUUCACACUGCAUGCUAUUUUGGGCCAACUGUCCAUCUUUGGAUGUCUAUAGCUAUAUUCGAAUUUGUCAAUAAAGAAAUUGUAACUUGAAA